CGACCAAUCAGAAGGCGCCAUGAUAGAAGGCGGUUUGCUCUGAGUCAGUGUGGCGACAGAAGGGGCGAAGCUUUAAGUGACAGGCGUUCCCAACUACCAGAGUAGCUUUAACUGGCAUCCAAACUGCAGACAUGUGUGGAAUCUUUGCCUAUCUUAACUACCAAGUGCCAAGGACUCGCCGUGAGAUCCUCGAGAUCUUGCUUAAAGGUCUGCACCGUCUGGAGUACAGAGGCUACGACUCAGCUGGUGUGGGAAUUGAUGGUGGCAAUGGCAAGGACUGGGAGUCGAAUGCCAAGUCCAUCCACCUGAUCAAGCAACGUGGAAAAGUGAAGGCUCUGGAUGAGGAGAUCAACAAGCAGCAGGAUAUUGACCUGGAUGUGGAGUUUGAUGUUCACGUCGGCAUUGCUCACACCCGCUGGGCCACCCACGGUGUCCCAAGCCCAGUUAACAGCCAUCCACAGCGGUCCGACAAGACCAACGAGUUCAUCGUCAUCCACAAUGGAAUUAUCACCAACUACAAAGACCUGAGGAAAUUCUUGGAGAGCAAAGGCUACGAGUUUGAGUCCGAGACUGACACAGAGACCAUCGCAAAGCUGGUGAAGUACAUGUUUGACAACCGGGAGAGUGACGACAUCAGUUUCGCCACGCUGGUGGAACGGGUCACCCAGCAGCUGGAGGGAGCUUUUGCCCUGGUGUUCAAGAGCGUCCACUACCCCGGAGAGGCAGUUGGCACAAGGAGGGGAAGUCCCCUGCUGAUGGGAGUGAGGAGUGAUCACAAACUGUCCUCCGAUCAUAUUCCUGUGCUCUACCGCUCCACUGCUAAAGACAAGAAGGGCUGCAGUGCCCUACCCAGGAUGGACCAGGACACCUGCUUGUUCCCCGUGGAUCAGAAAGCCGUGGAGUACUACUUUGCCUCUGAUGCCAGCGCAGUGAUCGAGCACACGAACCAGGUGAUCUUCCUGGAGGACGACGAUGUUGCUGCCGUGAUGGAGGGCCGGCUGUCCAUCCACAGGAUAAAGCGCCGGGCCGGAGACUAUCCUGCCCGCGCCAUCCAGACCCUGCAGAUGGAGCUGCAGCAGAUCAUGAAGGGCAACUUCAGCUCCUUCAUGCAGAAGGAGAUCUUUGAGCAGCCCGAGUCUGUGGUCAAUACCAUGAGGGGGAGAAUCAACUUCCACGACAACACAGUGAUACUGGGUGGACUGAAGGACCACAUCAAAGAGAUCCAGAGGUGUCGGCGGCUGAUCCUUAUUGCCUGCGGCACCAGCUACCAUGCCGGGGUAGCGACCCGCCAGGUCCUCGAAGAGCUAACCGAGCUGCCUGUCAUGGUGGAGCUGGCCAGCGACUUCCUGGACAGGAACACUCCCGUCUUCCGAGACGACGUCUGCUUCUUCAUCAGCCAGUCAGGGGAGACGGCUGACAGCCUCAUGGCCCUGCGCUACUGCAAGGAGAGAGGAGCUCUGACUGUGGGCGUCACCAACACCGUGGGCAGCUCCAUCUCCAGGGAGACCGACUGCGGAGUCCACAUCAAUGCCGGGCCUGAGAUCGGAGUAGCCAGCACCAAGGCCUACACCAGCCAGUUUGUGGCCCUGAUCAUGUUUGCACUCUUGAUGUGCGAUGACAGGAUUUCCAUGCAGCCCCGACGCCGAGAGAUAAUCCAGGGUCUGAGAGUGCUUCCAGAUCUGAUAAAGGAGGUCCUCAGUUUGGAUGAUGAGAUCCAGAAGUUGGCAGAAGAGCUGUACCAGCAGAAAAGUGUCCUGAUCAUGGGCAGAGGCUACCAUUAUGCUACCUGCCUGGAAGGAGCACUGAAAAUUAAGGAGAUCACGUACAUGCAUUCAGAGGGCAUCCUGGCUGGAGAGCUGAAACACGGUCCCCUGGCCCUGGUGGAUAAACUCAUGCCGGUCAUCAUGAUCAUCAUGAGAGACCACACCUACACCAAAUGUCAGAACGCACUGCAGCAAAUUGUUGCCCGCCAGGGCCGCCCCAUCGUGAUCUGUGACAAGGACGAUUACGAGACCGCCAAGUGCUCCAGCCGCACCAUCAAAGUGCCCCACUGUGUGGACUGCCUGCAGGGCGUCCUGAGCGUCAUCCCGCUGCAGCUGCUGUCCUUCCACCUGGCUGUCCUCCGAGGUUUCGACGUGGACUGUCCAAGAAACCUGGCCAAGUCUGUGACCGUGGAGUGAACUGCACCAUUCAUCAUCGAACAACAAAAGCCCGGCGGACGCACAUUCGAAUGAGCACAGACGGCGAGGGAGCGUCUGUAUGCAGAAACCAAGAGAAACCAACGUCCCGUUUGUGUCUCAUGUCAGGGCUAUUUUUUUUUUUCUUUUCUUCAAUGCAAUCUUUACUCAACCGUUGUGUAUCUCACUGUUGGUUAUUAUCUGUAUCUCAUUGUCUAUUUCCCCAGAAACCUUUUGGCAUCAUUAUUGUAUGAUUGUUAGAGAAGCGGUUUUGCCCGUGGUGGCGAGGUCUGGCCUGGCACGGACGCUCUGGGUCUGUGGAGCUGGAGCAGCUAACGUGACCAUUUAGGUUCAUUCACGUUCUCAGAACUCGCAAGAAAUGGUCAUCUGUGCUGAUUAGUCUCACUGGGAGCUGCUGUUAAGUAUUGACUGACAGAAGUUGGGUUUUAAAGACCUUACUGGCUUCUUUUUUUUUUUUUUGUGUGUGUGUGUAAUGAUUUGUAGUUUUAGUUUUGAUGUUCUUUUUCUUUGGCAGCUAAUUGUUUGAAGCGUCUUUUACUCUACAGUCGAAAGUAAUCGACAAUCUUAAAUCAUUCCAAGCCACAGGUCAUCGCUUCUAUGUUAAUUGCAGCGCAGUUUGCCAGUUUUCACUCUGUUUCUCUCUCUUGGACUUUCUUCUGAGGACAGUUUACUGCAGGAGCAACAUCACAAGUUAGAUCACAGAAGCGCUCGCAAAUACGCUGCUGUGUAAAAAAUGUUCUUGCUUCUGUUACAAAAGUGUGUUCUUGUGUAAAAUCCUAGUGUUUAGUAUUUAAAACUCUGUGGUUGAAGGGCUCCGUUAACACGAAUGAGACUUGAGCUACCAUAGGCUUUUUCUGCUUUAGCCGUCUAUGUACAUUAUACUCUUGCUUUAAAGCUAUUAUUUAAUGUUUGAUUCUUCUGCUGGUCUCGUUCACAUUUAAACCAUUAACUGAAGUUACUCUAACCAGAUGAAGUCACUAACCUAAAAUAGAAGUUGCGCCCAGCUGCCAGCCCACACCUCUCCGCCACGACUACUGCAAUAUUGGGACCAUUUGUAGCUAAUCUUCCCUUUUUGUUACAUUUAUUUUUUCUCUUCUUUUUUUUUUUUUUAAAGGAAUUGUAGGUUUAUUGAAGUUACUCUCUGGUUUGAAAUGUGAAUGUUACUGUCAUUUGAAAUGUCCUGUCAAACCAAAAAUCUCUACAAUGGCUUGUGGUUACAUUUGUAAACCAAAACGUGUAUUUUAUGGUUAUCCUACUGUAUAUUGUAGCCAAACGUGUACUGAUGCUGUUAGAUUGUGUGGUAUGAAGAUGCUUCAAAUCCUUAAGGUGGAAUAUAUAGUUUUAUGGCAAUAUGUCACACUGCAGAUGUCUAUUGAGAUAGAAAGUCAGAUGCCAACGGUGUCUGAUCCAAACGCCAAGGAAAGAGUGACCUACACAUGCAGUUAUGUAGAGAAGAAUUGGGAACUGAACUUUAAGUCUACACUUAUUUCAGGUUACAUAUUUAUCUUGCUUUUGCAAUCAAGCCUUAACUUGACUUUUUUUUCUCCUCCUAACAUUGAGCUUCUCACGAGCCAGUGAACAGGUUUAAAUUAAAAACUGGAUAAAGUUGUCACAGGAAGUUUUUGUAACCCGCGUAUUUUGAUUUCUGAAGUGGAAGCAAUGAAGGACGCUGAACUAAGUCCUAGUAACAUCUGUUGGGUCAAGAGGAAGGAGGGCACUAUUUCUUAGUGGAACCGAUGCAAUAAAAUGGCAAAGUAC